AUGUCUUUUCCAUCGGAUCCAACCCACGCGGAGCCCCCCUCAUGGGAGAUGAUUGCCCAGCAGAAACGAAAGGAGCGAGCGGCAAAGAUCCCCAGAGAGUGGCUCUUGCCUGAACCACUCACUUCAGACAAGAUAUCGUCUCCCAUCUCACUGCUUCAAUCAAGCGGUCUUCUGUCGCAACGCGAGCUUAACCUCACUUCCCGCGAGAAUCACGACGCAACCUCUCUUCUUCAGGGGCUCGCGAAUGGGAAGAUCACGAGUACCGAGCUGGUCACAACCUUCUGCAAACGAGCUGCCUUAGCACACCAGCUCACCAACUGUCUCACCGAAAUCCUCUUCACCGAGGCCAUCGCCCGUGCGAAGGCUCUCGAUGCGCAUUUCACCAAGACCGGAAAGACGGUCGGCCCUCUCCAUGGCCUUCCGAUCACCUUCAAAGACAGCUACAACAUUAAAGGCCACGAUACCUCGAUUGGAAUCACCUCUCGCUGCUUCGACCCUUCGGACAAGAACAGCCUUCUCUACGAUAUCCUGACGGGAUAUGGUGCGAUUGUUAUCGCCAAGACGGCGGUCCCUCAGACGAUGCUUAACGCCGACACCGACUCGAUCGUCUUCGGGCGCACCGUUAACCCCUACAAUCGCGACUUUGGUGCCGCUGGCUCUACAGGAGGCGAGGGCGCCCUCCUGGCGCUGGGCGUAUCGACACUUGGAAUUGGAUCAGACGGCGCUGGCUCAGUCCGCAUGCCAGCUGCUAAUUUUGGCGCUGGCGUGAUUGGAACUACAACAUUUGGCCCUGUUACUGUGACUGGGUUUCUCGGUCGUUCUGUGCGAGAUGUUCACCUUUUCGCGCGGCUGUCGGCAGAGGCAAAGCCGUGGGAGAAAGACUGUUUUCUCUAUCCUCAUCAGUGGCAGAGUCUGCCGUUGCCAGUCGCGUCGGCGCUCCGGAUUGGUGUCUGGUCGUCGAAUGGUUUCCUACACCUGCAUCCACCUGUCGCACGAGGCUUUCGAGUCGCGCAGGAGCGCCUCAAGGGAGAAGGCGUCGAGCUUGUGGAGUUCAAUGGCCCUGACAUUAGCAACGUCUGGGAACUGCAAAAGGAAUGGACUGAACUGCAGGGUAUGUCGUACCUCCGCGAGCUCUUGUCAAAGGAGCCGCACACUGAGAUCGUCAAGGCAACCGGGAUAAUCACCAAGAAAACGCCACCUUCACCACCAACAGUUGAAUACAUUCACUCAAUGAAUGCCCGCAUAAAUAAUUUUUUCCGAGCAAUGCAUGUCGCUUGGAAUAGGGGAGGCAAGCCUCUUGAUGCUCUUCUCUGGGUUACUGCACCCCAUACUGCUGUUCCCUUUGACAAGUACACCUACCUCGGGUUUACUGGUUUGUUCAACCUCAUCGACUGGCCCGACAUGGCUCUUCCCUUGAACAUGUUUGCAGACAAAGCCAUCGACAAAAAGGUUCCGAUUGCCCCUUUCAACGAUCUGGAUGCUGAAAUCCAAAAUCUCUACGACGGAGAUUCAUUUCAUGGACUCCCUCUGGCGGUCCAUCUCAUCGGCCGCAGAUUCGAGGACGAGAAGCUGUUGGCAGUGUCGGAGGUGGUUCAUGAUAUUAUCAAGAGCACUGAUUAUCGAUCGAAACUAUGA